UCGAGGAAACGAAGUGAACGCGCGGUGCCGCUCCACGUCCACAUUCUGCUGCGCGUAAUGGGAAGCGCACGCUGCUCCGCUCCGCGCUCGCACAGCAUUAUUGCUGCAUGUGGUGAACUUUUAACUGCAGAUGGACGAUGAGUUCCUCGAUUACUUCUAAUGAAUUCGUCGCUGGAAAACACUAACAGGUCUGUGACACAUCCCGUCUCCCAUGUCACUGGGACGUCUCCAUGGCGAUGUUUAGCAGCACAGAGCAGCUCCGGAACGAGUCUGAUCACCUCGGAUGGGAUGACAGGAAUGAGAGCGCAGUGGAGUCAGGGCAGGACAAGUCAGAGCGUAACUACUAUGCCAUGCUGUACUCCUUGCUGAUCCUGGCCAUCGUCUUUGGGAACGUGCUGGUCUGUCUGGCUGUGCUGAGGGAGCGCUCCCUCCAGACAACCACAAACUACCUGGUGGUCAGCCUGGCUGUGGCUGACUUACUUGUGGCCUCCCUGGUCAUGCCCUGGGCUGUGUACCUGGAGGUGGUUGGCGGCGCCUGGCUUUUCAGUCGACUCUACUGUAACAUCUUUGUCACGCUGGAUGUGAUGAUGUGCACCGCCAGCAUCCUCAAUCUGUGCGCUAUCAGCAUCGACAGGUACACAGCGGUGGUGAUGCCUGUUUUGUAUAAUACCACUCAUCGUUCCAGGAAGAGAGUUUUUGCAAUGAUUGCCACAGUGUGGGUCCUGGCCUUCGCUGUCUCUUGCCCCCUGCUGUUUGGCUUCAACACCACAGAUGACCCCAUGGUGUGCUCCAUCUCCAACCCUGACUUUGUGAUCUACUCCUCGGUUGUGUCCUUCUAUCUACCUUUUAUUGUCACUCUGCUGGUCUACAUCCGCAUCUACGUCUUCCUUAGGAUGAGGCGGAAGAGGAUCACCUUCAGCAAGACCAGGGGAAAAGUCCAGCCAGAUUCAACCCCACCAUCUGUGGAGACUUGCCUACAGGAAGAUACUCCCAAAGCGAAGCAAGAUCUUUCGCCUAUUAGGAUUCAAGUGAAGGCUGUGGAAUCUUCAGGGCCUUCCAAAUCCAGCCUGCAUUCAGUAUGCCUGUGGCACCAACGACCAAAGACGGGGCCUGUAGAGAACUCUAUAUUGCCACCAGUGAGCAUUCAGAACUACUGUAGCAUGAGCCAUGCCUCCUGCAUCCGCACGGAGCAAGGGGAUGGGGAGGUGGAGGAGACCACCCAGAAUGAGCAGCCUCCUGUCAGGAGCAGCUGUGAGGUGAAGGACAUGUCCAAUGGGCGGACACACACGGCACUGCGAUUAACACCCAGCAGCCAGCGAUUCAGGACCAUGCAUGCGCGGGAGAAGAAGGCCACGCAGAUGCUUGCCAUUGUACUUGGGGUGUUUCUCAUCUGCUGGCUGCCAUUCUUUGUGACUCACGUUCUGAACACUCACUGCGGGACAUGCUACGUGCCACCUGCGCUUUACAGCGCGUUCACAUGGCUGGGCUACGUCAACAGUGCCCUCAACCCAGUUAUCUACACCACCUUCAACAUCGAGUUCAGACGGGCUUUCAUCAAGCUCCUCAGCUGCUGAGCAGAACCACGAGUCAGGAAACUAAAGAGGAAACUCACGCGAGGUGCAUUUAGUAAACCGUCAUCUCCAGAUAAAC